AUGGUGUUCAUCGCGCCCGUUCCCGCCGAUGAGCAGAUGCAGUCCAACCCUUCGGACCCACACCUGGGCCUGGACCAUUUUGGCUUUCGGGUGGAUAACCUGGAAGAGACGGUGGCCGACCUGAAGAGCCGGGGAGCGGACAUGGCACGGGAACCGCGAACGAUUCGGCCUGGCGUCCAUGUGGCCUUUGUACGAGCACCCGACGAUGUGCGGAUAGAGUUGCUGCAGCGGGACUAG